UGUGAUCCACGUCGAGAGCCGUUUUAGAAGAAGACUCCUAAACUGAGCACAUGUUAUGUUUUGGCUUUUGCUCACAGUUAGCGAGCAAAGCUUCCUGCUACUCACUAAUAAGACCUGAGUCUAUUGGUUUAAAAACAAAAACAAUCCAUUGUUGAUUUUUGAGCUCAGACAUGACGAAGGUAAAGAAGGAAAAGGUGGCCGCCGUCGAGGACGCCGCGGCGGCUGGCGGUGGUAACGGGAGGUCUUACCAGGAGUUGGUGGCCAACAUGAACGCCAUCGCGCAGCCGCUAGCCACGAGAAAGCUCAGCAAGAAACUCUACAAAUGCGUCAAAAAGGCGUCCAAAUUAAAGAACAUCCGCCGAGGAGUGAAAGAAGUUCAAAAGUUUAUUGGAAAGGGUGAGAAAGGCAUCGUGCUCUUAGCCGGCGACACGCUACCCAUCGAAGUCUACUGCCACCUGCCGGUCAUGUGCGAGGACAGAAACCUGCCAUACGCCUACAUCCCCUCCAAAUUGGACUUGGGCGCGUCCGCCGGCUCCAAGAGGCCCACCUGCGUGAUCAUGAUCAAACCUCACGAAAACUAUCAGGAGGCGUACGACGAGUGUCUGGAGGAGGUGACCAACAUGCCCAGACCGCUAUGAGCUCACACACAAGAUCCAUCCAACAGGAUAAUGACACUUUGCAGGACGCAUCCCCUCAAUGUUCAGAUGCUGGAGAAAUGAGUUUGAAUGUGAUGGGACAUUUCAUUUUGCAGUUGAUAGCGGAGCUUUUUCAUUUUUAUUUCUGCUUAUGUGUAACAUUUAUGUAAAGUGAAUUACUUUUACUGUGUUAUUCUUUUAAAAAAUAAAAUAAUGUAUACAAGCAUGUCAAACUUUUGUUUUACAUUUAAUACAAAUGCAUGUUCUACAUCAGAGUAAUAAAAAGCUACGCAUGAGAACAUGAAUGAACAUUAAGUGCAUUGUAUUGAUUAUGUAAAAUACAAUCAUUUUAAGACCAAAUUUUAUAAAUUGUGAAUUGUGUAAUGAUGAAUGAUUCCGAACGCAGCAACAUUUGGAGUCAUUCACUCAUUCCCAAAUUGUUUACAUUUUAAUCAAAUCAUUUAAGAGCAGUGUUUUUUGUUGUUUUCCUAUAUUUAAGUGCAGUGUCAAUGUUAAAGAAAAA